AUGUUAACGCCGCGGUCACCGGAGCGUGCCGUCGUUGCACAGCAGGAGGUAGUCCUGGAUGGUGCCGGGGACGGGCAGCCGGCCGACGGCCGAGUGACAGGCGGCGCCCAGGGAGUGCCGCACGACGCCGCGACACAGGUGCUGCAGGGACCGCGGCUGUCCGCUCAGCCGACGCACCCGGUCGAAGAAGGCCUGGUGCUCCUGGACCGGAUGGGGCAGAGCAGGCAGUCCAUGGGUGUGUACCCGGCGCAGUUCUCCACGUCGGCGCGGGCGCCGCGCAGCAGGAGCCUCUCCGCGAUGCGCGCGCUGCAGUUGGCGCAGGCGUUGUGCAGCGGCGUGUGCAGCUUCCUGCCGGCGGUGAAGGGCUCGGCGCCGGCCCCCAGCAGCAGCUGCACCACGCGCAGGAAGAGCUCCGCCAGCUCCUCCGUGGCGGCCCGCGCCGCCAGGUGCAGCGGGGUCAGACGGGAGUCCCGGGUCGGCAGGUUGACCUCCGCCCCGCCGUCCAGCAGCAGCACGCAGCACCUGGGACCCCGCACCCCCCCCCGUCCACUGUUGACAUUCGGUCUCUUGCCCCCCACUCACCCCAGGGCCCGGGCCGCGGCGGCGAGGUGCAGGGGGGCGCUGCCGUCGGCGGUCAUCAGGUCGGGGGCGGCGCCGUGGUUCAGCAGCAGCCGCACGCAGGGCGCGUGGCCCCCCACGCAGGCGUCCUGCAGGGCCGUGCGCCCCCCGGGGUCGGCGUCCGCCUCGGCCCCCCGGAACAGCAGCUCCUCCACGCAGCCCACGUGGCCCCGGCUGGCGGCCAGCCGCAGCGCCGAGGUCUGCCUCACCUUGGAGGACCUGUUCGAGGCAGAGUGGGCUGCCCCAGCAGUGCCAGCCUGCGUGUCCGCUCCCGUUCCAUCCUCUGCACUGAGCGCUCCUACUCCAGGUGGCCAGGACAACACUUCCCCCCACCGGACCCUCAAAGCCCUCAAUAAGGACACACGCGGCCCCACGCAGACGGCUGCCACAGACACUGUCCGUCCGGGCUUGAGGCAGAUCUCCUGCGUUCCAGAACCUUCCUCGUCCUCUGCACAGCAUGCCUGUCCGGACGUGGCCGCCCAGCUGAGGCGCCCAGCAGGCGACGAGCCCCAGAAGGCCUCUGAGGUCGAGGAUGAGUUCGAGGACUGGGACGUGGACCUCGCGGACCUGGAUGAGAGCGUCCACCAGGCGGGCCCGGGGGUCCAGAACCAGAAGGCGUUAGCCCCCCCCACCGCCGGGGAGCUCAUAUCCUCGGCCAAUAGGCUCCGCCCCCCGAACCACGGGCGGACACACCCUGAAUCCCGGACGCCGUACCGAGGGUCUGGCGGUGUCUCGCCGUCGCCACGCCGACCGCCGCACUGCGUGCCGUCGGGCCCCCCGGGGCCCUGCCCCUCUUUAGGCCCCGCCCCUCCCUGGAUCCCCGUGGUGUUCAACGUCCCCAGCAGCCCCUCCCCCCGGGCAACGAGAGGCUCUCACCACCCCCCAUCGCAGAGGCCGUGGACCACGCCUGGGGGGAGCCCCGCGCCCCCCCCCAUGUACAGCCCCCGGCCCCUGAGCACGCCGGUGCUGACCAACCACCUGGUCCGGCUGGUGUCGGCCGCCAACAACCCCCCCAGGAAGAGGCCUCGCUCCGGGGCCCAGCCCCCCAGCGCCCGGCGGUUCCCCGGGCCCGCGGGGCUGCUGCCCCAGCAGUCCCUGAACCAGAGCCUGGAUGACAUCGUGGUGUCGGUCCCUCAAACCCCCGCCCACGGCGCUGUGGCCCGCCUGCCAAGCCAGUGUUCCGGAUCCCAGUCAGAGGAGGAGGAGUUCACCAGUGGGCCCUGGGGGGCCAUGAAGGCAGACAUGGGAUUGGACGAGAGGAACGCCACGUGUUUCCUGCACUCGUACAGCGUUGUCAUGGUGCUGCGGAAGGCGGCGUUGAGGCAGCUGGCCCAGAACAAGGUGCCCAACAUGGCGGUGCAGCUGAAAAGCAUCAUGCACACGCACGCGGACGCCAAGGCCGUGUUCAGAGACCCCACAGGUGAGAUCGCGGGCACGGUUCACCGGCGCCUCCUGGAGGACCGACUGGGCGAGCUGAAGGCGGGUGCGGUGCUGCUGCUCAAACAGGUGGGUGUGUUCUCGCCCUCCCACCGUAACCAUUACCUGAACGUCACGCCCAGUAACCUGCUGAAGAUCUACCCCCCGGAUGGAGAGGGCAGCUCCUCCACCUCCUUCUCCUCCUCCUCCGUCACCCCGUGCCUCCCUCCUCUGAUGCAGGAGCCCGCCUGCCCGUCCACCUCGGCCCCUUGGGGCCCCGUCUCCUCCAUGCAGCUGGAGCUGGAGGACGAGGACGAAGACGAGGACGAUGAGGAGGUGCGCCAGCGAGGGGUCGCCCCAGGGACCCGCUCGGAGGAGGUUCCCCCUGGCACGGAGCUCCAGGGGGGCCCGCAGGACCCGGCCUGGGACGGGGGCGGAGACGAUGACCUGAAUGAGCUCCUGGGAGACUUACUGGAGGACAGCUCCAGCGUGUGACCCCAGGACCCCCCCCAGACGCCCUCUCCUCCAGACGGGGAACACUACUUCUGUUUUACUGCUUUAUUUCGUUCUGUAAAGAGAAAAGAAACCUUUAUUUUCAAAGUAUAUCUGACUGUGGUUGUGUCAGUCUAUGUGUGUGUGUGUGUGUGUGUGGUUUCAAAAUAUCAUUGUUGUACACGGUUCGGUAUAAAUCAUUUGUUGACCCACACGCACGCUGAUUGCAGAAGCACUUUUCCUCUCGCAGCGAGGUCACGUGGAGUGACACAUACAGCGGAGUAAGCAAAUCACACGGCUGCUCUUGAUUCAACUACGGUGUUUUGCUUCCAGUGGCAGAGUGCAGUGAGCUUCCACCUCUCCCACUGCUACCCUUGGUUGUCCUUAAUCCAUCUCUAUGUCAUGUGUACCACACCAUUUUCUUUUUUAUAAAGAACUGUUUAAAUGCA